UGUGUGUGUGUGUCGGGGUGUGUGUGUGUGUCUGUCGGGGUGUGUGUGUGUGUGUGUGUGUGUGUUUGCUUUUUCCCUUUCUCUCUCCACUGGAGGGCAGAGUGACGACCGAGAACAAACAGGAAAAAGGCCAACCCCGCUUAAACUGCCAUCGGUUUGAAUUCAAACAGCGUCGGUUGACAUUUCACCAGCGGGAGAAGUCUCUCCGCCAAAGGGUGAUUUCCUUCGGGCGCCUGCAUCGGCUUCUUUGCUCAGAUCACAGCACAAAACACAGUCAGAUGCAACGCCUGCAGUAAAGCUAGCCCAGGCGUCAAAACUCCCCGUUCGUGUCUACUUAUUGAUAAAUACUUAAAAGAAACGCUUCGCAGAUGCCAAGGAAGUCGACGGAAACGCGCAGGAGGUCGAAGCGUCUCAACCAGGGGCAGGCCUCCGAUCUGGAGCCUGCGGAUCCCGGGGAGGAGGUGGUGGAUUCCGAGGAGGAAGGGAAGCUGGUCGCCUCCUCCAGGGAACCGAUGGUUCCCACUCCCAGGAAUCCGAUCCGCGGGAGUUCGAGGAUCCCCCGCAGCAGCCGGACCAGCCGGAAGGAGGAGGAGGAGGAGGAGGAGGAGGCCCCGGUCAUCGCGAGGCCUGUCCCGAAGAUACUGGAGAAGAUGAAAGUGGAUCCUCCGGUGGUGAUGGCGGAGGGGGAGGAGGAGGAAGAAGAGGAGGCGGAGGAGAUGGACACCCCACUCAGCGUCGUACCCCCUCCCGUGCCCAAGCCGGACCUGAGACCCACCAUGUUCAGCCUCCAGAAGCUGCGGGAGAAACUUCCGGAAAAGCCAGAGAGAAGGAUUUCGCGGAGUGAGAUGCCCAGGUUUCCAGCCACGCAGCCCAGACCGCAGGGAGGCCAGGCCUGGGAGGGCGUCCCCCGCUCCUGGUGGCUCUGCCCUCUCGCCCUGGUCCUGCUGGCCCUCGUCCUCGGGGGCUGGCUUCUCCUCAGCCCCGGGACGUACCCCAGGACCUGGGUCCCGGUGAAGGAGCUGAAGAUGGACUGGAUCUACAGCGUGUGGCCGGGCCAGCAGGAGGCGUGCCAAGACCAUUGCAGCCUGACGCUGGUGGAGAGCAUCCCCGUGGGCCUGCCCUACCCCAAGGGCGCCCCGCACCACCGGUCCAUCUACUCGGCCUGGGCAGAGCUGCUGGGGCGGGCCAACCGGUCGGUGGACAUCGCCGCCUUCUAUUUCACCCUGAGGGCCAGGGGCCAGAGUGAAGGGGAGCCCACCGCCUCCGAGGGCCACCGGAUCUUGGAGGAGCUGGGGGCUCUGAGCUCCCGCGGGAUCAAGCUGAAGGUCGCCGUGAACAGCCCCCAGCAGUCCGCGGAGGACACCGACUACCUGGUGGAGAAGGGCGCUGAGGUGCGAGGUGUGCGGCUGGAGAAUCUCACCAGCGGGAUCGUCCACACCAAGCUGUGGGUGGUGGACGGGAGGCACGUCUACCUGGGCAGCGCCAACAUGGACUGGCGCUCGUUGACGCAGGUGAAGGAGCUGGGCGUCGUGGUGUCCAACUGCAGCUGCCUGGCGCAGGACCUGGAGCGGGUCUUCAGGGUAUACUGGUACCUGGGCGCCCAGGGGGCGACUAUCCCGAAGCGCUGGCCCAGCGCCUACGCCGCCCUCUCCAGCAAGCAGCGCCCGCUCCAUCUGACACUGAACGGCAUCGACGCCCGCGUCUACGUUUCGAGUGCCCCUCCGCCGCUGUGUGGGUCUGGCCGCACCACUGACUUGGAUGCCAUCCUGGACGUCAUCGACGACGCGCGGGAGUUUGUCUUCAUCUCGGUGAUGGAUUUCCUCCCCCUGUGCAAGUUCUGCAAACCGCAGAGAUACUGGCCGACGAUCGAGGACCGUUUGCGCGCUGCCGCCUGCGAGCGCAGGGUGACCGUCCGCCUGCUGAUCAGCUGCUGGCCGCACACGUACGCCCCCAUGCUGGUCUUCCUGGAGGCGCUGCACGUCCUGCGAAAGGAGCCGCUCAGUUGCAGAGUUGAGGUGAAACUCUUCCGGGUUCCAGCCACCGCGGAGCAGCAGAGGAUUCCCUUCGGCAGGGUCAACCACAACAAGUACAUGGUGACUGACCGCAUUGCUUACAUCGGUACAUCCAACUGGUCCGAAGACUACUUCAUCAGGACGGCUGGCGUGGGACUGGUCAUCAACCAGACUGGGGCGGACGCGGGGAACCCCGGCACGGUGCAGAGCCAGCUGAGGGCCGUUUUCCAGCGCGACUGGGACUCUGACCACGCCCUGGAGCUGGGCAGCAAAGGAGUUAAAGAAUGCCUGGAAUCGAAGCAGAGCGCGUAGGCAGCAGCGAGUGUCGCGCAAGUCCGUUCCGUGAAGGUGGGCGGUGGGAGGGAGGGGGCUGGCUGGCAGAGGGGUGGGGGGAGAGAGCAGCAGAGUCUCACACUCCCUCCCUCCCUCUAUUCCUCAUCUCUUCCCAGAGGCUGGGUGGCAUUUUCAUUUUAAAGCUGGCAUGGGUUUCGGAACUCUCCACCGCUUUGCAGUCCCGCGACAGUAAAGGAGGGGACGGUGCCAACGGGAGGAAUUUCACGACAUGGAAGCUGCCGUCACUCUUGAACCUUGACCCCUCAACCCCCUAGGGCCCUUCCAGAAGCCAUUGUUAGCAGAGACACAAACUUUGGAUUUGUCGGAAUUGGAACGGUUCUCCGAUUCCCACCCCCCCUUUUCGGCUCAUCCAGCAAGCGUGAUUGUAGGAAGCAGCCUUUGAAUGACUCUCUGGCUGCCCGUGCCACAAGGGGAAGCUCUUCUGCUCCGAGGCAGGUGGGGUUGCUGGUAUUUCGGAUCCCCGGCCCUGUCUCUGCCUGCGAAUGCCACUUAGCCUAGAUUUUAACUCUCAGGCCCCGGCUCGUCUCCUCUCACUCAUCUGCGAAGCUCACGGGUAUACGUACACACAGCAGUUUACAUAAAAGUUUCUCAGCUUCUCCCUCCCCACCUGGGUACUUGUAAUAUACAUAUAUAUUAAAAAAAAAGUUGCGUUUGCAUCGUGCCUCGUCCAGACUCUGGUUCGCCAAGGCCACUUGCAUAGCAUAGGAUUAGGAAACUUUCUGCCGAGAAGGAUUAUUAGGAUUUAACGCUUUGUCGGAGAGAGGACACAAACUGUCCUGUUUUGCAUGAAACACUCAGUGGCCACUUUGUAAGUACAGGCGUGGAACCCGGCGUGGUUUUCUGCUGCUGCAACCCAUCCACAUCAAGGUCUGACAUGUUGUGCGUUCAGAGAUGCUCUUCUGCACACCGCUGUUGUAACGGCUGGUUAUUUGAGUCACUGUCAGCUUGAACCAGCCUGAACACCAUUAACAGGGCGUUCCCAGGGCUGCCGCCUGCUCGAUGUUUUUCUCUCCCCCCACCACCGGUUUCUCGCGCCCAUUCUCCGUAAACUCCGGGGACCGCCGCGCAUGGAAAACCCCCAGAUCAGCGGUUUCCAGAACGCUCAAACCACCCCCGCCUGGCACCGACAGUCGUUCCACGGUCAAAAAACAAAAUCACCCAGUUCACAUUUCAUCCCCGUUCUCGUGUUCGGUCUGAACAGCAACCGAGCCUCUUGACCGUGUCCGCGUGCUUUGACGCUUGGAGUUGCUGCCAGGUGAUUGGCUGAUUAGAUCCGUGAGCAGGUGUGCUGAUAAAGUGGCCCCUGAGUAUAGGUAUAGUUUCGAACUGGGCUACGUGCUUAGCCCGCUAGAUCUGUGGUAAUAGUGUAGAGCGUCAAGCAGACUUGUUAGUGGUGAGGACAAUCGCCCAGAGUUGAUCGCUGUUGUUACCGCUGACCUUUGCCCCCUUAGACUGCUGCACAGAGGACCAAUAUAGUGUUCAGUUAUAAAAGUAUUCCUAGAAGGGAGAACUUUUAAAUGUAUAUUUUGUUAACAGUUCUAUUUUUGAAGGCUCUUGUUCUCUAUUGUAGGAUUUAUUUAGCUUGGACAAAGAAUGAGUGAUUAUUUUUUUAUACGGACAUGUAGCAAUAAUUAGCCAGACCCUUGCCUAUUGGAACAUAGUUUUUAGAUACAGGAGUAGAGAAUAUUUGUUUUGUGAACUUCUAUAAUUGCACCCUUAUUUUGCUGAGCCUCUUAUAAACUUGAUAGAGAAAACCUGUUACAUUCAUUUCUCAGUGUAUCCCAACAUUAGUUGUUGACUAAUUCCUCCUGGAUAAUUUAUUGGAGAAUCCAAAGAUUCGUUUUUGUUUCUCGGAAGUUGCUAAGGGAUGAACUGUGCUAAAUUUUAAACAGUCUGUUAUAAAUCCGCCCGGCGAUUUCUGAAAUGGCAGCUCUUUCAUCCUGAGUUUAACCAUAAAACACAGGAGCAGUAUUGGGACGUUCGGCCCAUCGAAUCUGUACUGCCGUUCGUCCGUGGCUGGUUUACUGCCCCUCACAAGGCCCGUUCUCCCGCCUUCUCUUCCUUACUAAUCGAGUGUCAACUGGCUAGUUUUUGUUGGCUAACCCGAAGUUGAAACAGCUUGUUCACAGGGCGAGCUCGGGCUUUUCUCUUUGGAGAGGAGGAUGAGAGGUGACCUGAUACAAGAUAAGAGGCUCAGAUCGCGGGGACAGCCAGAAGCUUUUUCUUGGAGGUGGAAGUGGCUAAUGCAAGGGGGAGUAACCUUAAGGUGAAUGGAGGAAAGUAUGGGAGGGGUAAAUUCUUUACACGGGAGUGGGGAGGUGCGUGGUAGAGGCAGAUACAUUAGGGAUGUUUAAGAGACUCUUAGGCACAUGGAUGAUAGAAAAAAAAAGGGGGGGGCUACGUAGGAGAGAAGAGCUGGAUUGAUCUUAGAAUAGGUUAGAAGUUACGCACAUCGUGGGCUGUAGUGUUCUGCUUUAUUUUACUGGCCUGAAGUGGUGGGAUGCACAGUUCAGCAAGCUGUGAUUCAGGAUGUCUGAAUCUGUCCGGUCGAGGGAUGGCAUACCCGGUGUUACUGAUGCUGGGGACAACGUGCCCUCGCAGAUCCCAGCCCACGGCCGGGUACUGGCAAACCCCUGACCACUUCACCCCCGAGACCUGAAGUCAGACGUCCAGAGGGAGUCAGUGGAGGUCUGGACCUGACACCGGCUGCUUCUGACAAGGGACCCUGUCCCCUUGACCAACUGCCCAGCAGCAACGUCCCGCAGGCGAGUCGGGGCACAAGUUUAAAAAUGUGACGUCAUAGGCACCAGGCAUAGAUGGACAGUGUUGGAGUAAACCCCAAAGUCAUUUAGGACAAAGUAGCCCUCUUAAUCAGCACCCUGUCUGUCACCCUAAACCUUCCUGUCCCAUCCACAAAAUGACCUCAUUUACUCGUCUGGGGUUUUCUGAAACCCCAAACCCGUGACCUCUAACACCAAAAGCAGUAGGCAUGUGGGGAGUGGCCCCAACUGCAGAUUCCACCCCCUCCCCGCCCCAGCUUGGAAAGGUAGCUGCGGUUCCUUUAUUACUGGUUACAAAUCCUGGAAUUUCCUGCCCAGACUGCAGUGCUGGUAGAAAUCGGCCUAAGGGCGUGCAACAGUGCUGGCUUUGCCAGCGAAGUUGAAACCCCUUCUGAGAAUUAAAGUGUGUAGGAACGAUAAGACACAGGAACAGAAUGAUACCAUUCAGCCCAGCGAGUCUGCACCGUUUCAUCAUGGCCAAUUGAUUGUCCCCCUCUGAUAUUUUGUGUGUUUUCUUUGCAUUUGUGUAUCGAUGUCCUGGCAGGCAGCCGUUCACUAGCGUUCCUAGAUGUCUGGGUGAAGCUGUGAGUGGGCCACCACAUUGAAAUCGGUGCGGUUUGGGUUACAAAGGUGCUGCUGUUUCUCUGGUCGCUGAAGGCUUCCAGUUUGUGCAGAUUUAGGCCAUUCGGACCAUCGAGUCUGCUCCGCCAUUCAAUCGUGGCUGAUUUAUUAUCCCUCUCAACCCCAUCCUCCUGUCUUUGCCCUCGCUAAUCAACAACCCAUCGACCUCAGCUUUAUAUACACCCAAUAACUUGGCCUCCACAUCUGACUAUGCCAACAAAUUCCAGAUUCACCACUGUCCGGCUGAAGAAAUUCCUCCUCAUCUUUGUGCUUAAAACUAAAAGACUGUCCUUGCAUUCUGAGGCUGUGCCCCCUGGUUCUAGAUUCUCCCUCUAUUGGAAAUGUCCUCUCCACGUUCAGUCUACUCAAUAUUCUACAGGUUUCAGUGAGAUUCUCCCCUUCACUCUUCUAAAGUCCAGUGAGUACUGGCUUAGAGCCACUCCUUUAACACUCGUUCAUUCUUAUGAACCUCCUCUGGACUCAUUCUCCCUACCAAUAAAUACCAAAUCCUGCGCUGGUCCAAAGCUUCCAAAUGCUAAGGAGAAUUUCUGGCAGCCUUUGUGUUUGACGUUAAGCUCGCAAUAUUCAGUAACUUCCAGCGCAUUACCAAGCCACUGGCUAGCUUUCUGCUAAGGCAGAAAGUUUCCGAACAGUUGCAAUUAAUCCACUUUAAAACAGAGUGGAUUUACUUACUUCAUACUUUAUUGUCGCCAAACAAUUGAUACUAGAACGUACAAUCAUUACAGCGAUACUUGAUUCUGUGCUUCCCGCUCCCUGGGGUACAAAUCGAUAGUAAAUAUUAAAAAUGUAAUCAUAAAUCAUAAAUAGAAAAUGGAAAGUAAGGUCGUGCAAAAAAACUGAGAGGCAGGUCUGGGCGUUUGGGACUUGGAGCAGUGGGAGAGGGCACAGCCUCAGAAUAGAACAUCCAUUUAGAACCGACGAGGAGGAAUCUCUUCAGGCAGAGGGAGGCGAAUCUGUGGAAUUCUGUGCCACAGCAGAGGUUGAAUCAUGAUUAGUAAAGGCAUCAAAGAUUAUGGGGCAAAGGCAAGUAGAAUGGGGUUUGGAGAGAAAAUAAACCAGCCAUGAUUGAACAGUGGAGCAGACACGAUGGGCAGACUGGCCUAAUUCUGCUCCAGUUUCUUGUACUCAAAGGUUCAUGUGAAAAUCCCUGCUCUCACGCUACAACUGGGUAAGGAGCUGUGGCCGAGACCGGGGAUGCUGUGUGUGUUGAGCUCGGCCAGUACUUAAGGGACAGUUCCGGUGCUAGCAGACAUUAAAUACACCGAAGCUCUCCACGCCAUGCAGAUUUGUACACGGCACAACACAACCCGUUCUCCCUGCAGUCCGAGGGGGGAUUAGAAUCGGGCGUGAAGUGUGUCUGCUGCAGGACAACCGUAGGUAGGGUUGGGAAGAAAGCUAGUGACACAUUGGCCUUCAUAAAUCUGAGUACGGGAAUUGGGAUGUUACACUGAAGUUGUAAGUUUGGAGUAUUGUGUACAGUUCUGGUCACCUACCUACAGGAAGGAUGUAAAUAAGAUGUUGCCAGGGCUUGAGGACCUGAAUUAUAGGGAGAGGUUAGGACUUGAUUCCCUGGAGCGUAGGAGAAUGAGGGGAGAUUUGAUAGAGGUAUACAAAAUUACGAGGGGUAUAGAUAGGGUAAAUGCAAGCAGGCUUUUUCCACUGAGGUUGGGUGAGACUAGAACUAGGGGUCAUGGGUUAAGGGUGAAAGGUGAAACGUUCGGGGGGGAAAUUCUUCACUCGGGAGGGUGCCACUGGAAGUGGUGGAUGCGGGUUCAAUUUCAACAUUUAAUAGGAUUUUGGAUAGGUUUGGGGAUGGAAUUGGAUAUCCAGCUCUUCUGGGGGCGGGGGGGGGGUGUGGUUAACACUCCUAACUUAAAAGGUGGUGUUGCCAUGGUAAGUUUCCUUUCUGCCUUGAAUUGAAGUUGUUUUCUGAAUGCUGUUUUAGAAUGCUUUUUUUUAAAAAAAAGAUUUGUCAUGCUUGUGUUGAAAUAA